GGGAAGAACUAAUUAAAAUCUAAGAUGGCAGACGAGCAAACGAAAGAAGAAAAAGAAAAAGUAGAAGUUGAAGUAGCUGAGGAGGUGAAGGAGCCCCCACCCCCUGAUGUAGUACAGCUUUGUCGUGAAACAUUCCAAAAGUCAGCUGAGUAUCUGCAUGGAGAACUCGAAGGAACAAUUGAAGACUACAAGCUCCUGGAAACACUGAAUAGAAUCACAAUUACAAAAUACACUGAUAUGAAAGAAUUUACGGAAAACAUCAGUAAAGGACUUCAAGAUCUCAAUGAGAAAUAUAGUAACCUUCAACCUUUCUUGGAGCAAAUCAAUCAGAUUGAUGAGAAUGUGACAGCACUAGAGCAAGCAGCAUACAAACUAGAUAACUAUUCCAAGAGGCUAGAGAGUAAAUUUAAAGCCUUGGAAAAGAGAUAAGCCAGUACACAAAUUUAAACAUUUUGAAUAAUAAGUGCAAUAAUUUUCUUUGAACCAGUUUGGUUGUUUAUUGAUUGUUGUUAUUAUUGUAUAUAUAUAUUUUUAAAUAAAUGU